AUGCAUCGCGAUGAUAACAAAUCUCCUACGAGCAAUGCUUUGGGAGAAUCCAACUCGAAAACUGAUGGACGUCAAGAGAUGCAAGUAGUAGGGAACGAAGUCCUGUUGCGAAGGCUCCCCAGUUCAGCCACGAGCAAAGAGCCACCUCCAGAUUCUGAUCACAAGAGCCCAGAACAGAAUCACCCUCCUCCUCCUCCCUUCAACCCCAUGCAACCAUCUCAAAGUGGCCCUGUUCACAGUGUUGUGCCAGACUUGAUGAGAGUCUACGAGAGUCUCACCAAUGUAAAUCCACAGGCUCAGGGACAGCAUCAUCCACAGAAACAGCCCCCACAACCUCCAUCCCACCAUGAGCAACUUCAGCAGCAACAACCUCCUAUCCAUAAAGAUCCAGUCUACUAUAAAGAACCUCAGGAGGCACCACAAACUCCAACACAGCAUGUCAAUUAUUCGUACAUCACAUCAGAAGAACAAUAUCGUCAACUAUAUGAGCAAGGAACUGUGAAUCAUUUCGGCGGGCAUGUCCCAACAUCCCUCCCCUACAUUCCUGCCCCCUACGACGAUAAAAGGGCGGAAUCAGAGACAUAUCUGGAAGCAAUCAAGACUGAGGAAUCUAACUCAACUUCCCUAUCUCAGUCGUCUCUUAGGAGAAAGAGAACCAGUAUCAGCAGCCAGCAAUCUGAUCAGGAUUGCAAAGGAACAUCCAAACCGAGGGGUCGCAAGAAAGCCAAAGAGACAGAUGGGCGGUGGUCCAAGCGCUUCGCAUGGCCAGAAGAUCUACAUAGAGACUUUGUAUCGGCGGUCUUUGAUGUUGGCUUGAAGCAUUCCAGCCCCUCAACCAUACUAGAACAUGUGCCAAAGCAUCCACAAAUGACAUCCAACCGGAUCAAAUCUCACCUACAGAAAUAUCGAGUACACCGAACCAAAUCAAAGCAAGAGUUCCUGUCAUCUUAUGAAACGACACUCCAAGAGUGCAAGAGCGCAGAUAAGGAUGCCGCCAAGUCUCUCUCCAAUGGGGAAGCACCAGUGCGCCCAAGUCGUACCGCCGUUACCAACAGUGAUUCCGCCUCUCCCGCUAACCAAGAUGGCACGAGCCAGGAGGCACAAAUGCCCCCGGCAGCUGCCGCGCCUCCUCCUCCUCGUAUGGGUCCUCCUCCACCGGGCCAAGAAGGUUUGAUGGUGCCCAAGUUGGCCGAGGCCGAAAAGACCUCACCUGUUGGGGCGUCGAUGGGGCAUCUUUUGGGUCUCUUCUUCUCUCUGAAAAAGGAGUUGUUGAUGCAGAGAAACUCUCGGGCAUCUUGUACUGUACCAGGAAUAGCACCAACCACUGCAAGUUUAGGAGCUGCUCCUGGACCCGUCUCUGCUUUCUACAACUCGUUCAACGGAACUAACGUCCCGACUGCCCCCGCCACCAUCGUUCCUAAUCCCAUGGCAGCUCCAGCGGUCAUGUCAGCAAUCACGAGGGAUUGGUCGUCUGGCAAUACUGGUGGGGCCAAUACAGCGGUAACAGGGGCGGGGCCCAUCAUGCCCACCAUGAACAAGAUUGAAGCCAGCAGCAGAAUGAAACAAGAGAUGCAGAAUCAAAUGGUGUUCCAGAACAAAAUGAGGGAACUGAAGCAGCAAGAGCUGAACAAGUACAAGCACAUUGUACCCAAUCCAGCUCCAACAGAGACGACGGCGCGAUUCAAGGAAGGGGGUGCGGCGGUGUAUGGCGACCAAUACUCAGCCGCCAAUCAGUAUUCCAGCGAAACACACACAACCGAAGGGGGAGGAGUCCAUCACCAACACCAUCAUCAGGUACCUCAAGCUCCACCUCUUCGUCCAGAGCACCUGCCGAGAGCAGGCGAAGGCAACGAAGAACGGCAUGAUGCCAGUAGAUCUGCUCCAGCAGCCAACAAUCCCCAAGGAGCGGGUGAAACGGCGAUUGCUGCCGACAGAGCACGAGCUCCUUCUUUGGGAAAUGAUGACGUUUGGAAUCCAGAUGUGAUGGACGAGCAGCUAUUUGAGUUCCUAAUGAACAACUAA